UUCAUGCUCCCAUCUUCUCCCGCUCGAGAUGAUCAUCGACAAAGGCUAAACCACCUGUAGGAUCCAAUCAUAGCGCCCACAGUCGACGUCAUCACAUCCACCCCGCCAUCUGCCCAACCAACCCACCAGCAACCCCACUCCGCCAGCGUCCCUGAUAGCAAUGAAGAUGAAGCCCAGCAUAACAGCAUGAGAGCAAUGAUAUGCGGCGCAGUGCCAGGCGCGAGCAGAUAGCCAGCACACGAGACACUCGCCAGGGAGCCCUCACAGCGCUGGGCUUCGUUCCAGGCUCAGCUGGCGCCUCCGUGGCUUUCCCGUGGCUUUACAGUGGACCGGCCGCGCCAGCUGAAAGCUCGCCACCAUACCCGUUUAUUCUUCGUACCGUGCAGGUGCAGAACGGCCUGGACUGGUGGAAUCCCGUCUGGUCUUUAGGCUUUACCGGGCCCUGGAGCUCGCUGGGCUGCGCUAGAGAAUCAGGUAUGUGCCCUAGGCGCUGGGGGAGCUGUAGGUGCUGUAGCGCUGCAGACUGGCCCGCGUGGGGACCCGAUACAGUGGAGCUACGGCCGCUGAUUACUGGGCAAUGUCCGGGCGCCCAGUGCCUUGCAUCCCACCAUCCCAUCCCAUCCCGCGUGCCUUUCCCUCCAUCGCGGCAUCAGCACCAGCGGCCGAAAUUCUAAUCCACUACAUCAUUUAUUUCAUCGCAAUCCCGCUUCCGUCUAUCUUCUAUUCCCCAGAGAUUGCGUCCCCAUCGCCCCCAUAGUAUAGUCGCUUGCGCCAGACUCCCGCUUCUUCUACGACGCAGAUAUAGCU